CAUUUACUGUCUUUUCUCUUUCUUUUCUUUCCUUUGUUUGUUUAUCUUUAUCAUGGAAGGAUGGCAAUGGGCUUGUAUUGGUAUGGGUAUAGUAAUUGUAGUCAUCAGCAUUGUACUUUAUUGUCGAAAAGGAAACCGCAUGAAAGAUGAAGAAAAUACCUAUAGUAUAGAUGAAGGUAUUGUGGUCCCUAUACCUUCCAUAACGCCUGUUCCAAAAGAGACCAUAGACCACAAACCAUUCGCUACAGCCCUUUCUCCUCCUCGGCCAAUGCAAUACCAAAUCAAGAUCAAGCAACACAAUGACUAUGAUCCAACAAAAGCUAGAGGUGUGUUUAAUCUCUCCCCAGCUUAUUCUUUACCUUCCUGUACUUCUACUGCUUCCCCUCGGAAUCCAAGUCCGUUUCAGGGAUCCAUAAAAGGCAUGUGGAGAGGACCUACUCCACCUUGGACAACAAAGCAAAACAAACAAGAACAAUGACCCGAGGAAAUAUUUUGACUUAUAAAUUAGUUGUAGAAAUAAAAAUAAAAAAACCUAUUUCUUUCUUUAUGAGACAAAGACAAGAUUAUCACC